UAUACAACUCAACGGACCGAACUCGCAAAUUGCUUGAACAAGCUUAGUGCUUCAUGUUUUCUCCGCAAAUCAUCUGCAUCUCAGGAUAACACUCAGAAAACAUUUGGCUUUACAACCAGACCUGGCUUCUGCUCUGUACGAUUUGUUUGUUGAAAUUAAUCUGAUUACAGAUUAUAUAAAUAAACAGUGCAUUUAUCAUUUGGUUGAAGUAAAAAAGUUAAAAUAUAAGCUUGCUAGAAAAUCUAAACUACGACGGAUGUAUUUCGUAGAAGAAUUUUUCGAAUGAAAUUAUCAAUAUCCAUUGAGCAUUCGUGUCCUAGAAAAACGUGAUUGUUUUGUUGUAAUCGAUUGAGACGAGCAUUUAUGAACGAUGUUUUGAACGUUUCGAGAGGUAAAAAUUGAUAUUUGUUGAAAACGAUUUACAAUUUAAAUUCAUCGGAACAACAACAAAAAUAACCGAUGAUAUGGCCUGGCCAUGUACGUGGAAACCUCGUUGCCGGUGAAAGGCUUAGCCAUAAUAAAAUAACAGUAUCAGUACCCUAUGAACUGAAACUAUCGAUUAUCACAUCGUGGUACGUAAAAGGAAGGAAUAUUUUUCAUCAGCCGCAGUCAUACUCUGGACGUUUGCAAUCGUCAUCAAUUUGAAUUGAUAAGCGCGAAACAUACUUCGUAAGCCACUAGGGAAGAAAUAACUGUUAAUUAACAAGAAGCAAAAUUACCCAGCAGCUUUUAGGUCAUAAACUUGAAUCCAGCCUAGAAGAAUCUCAUCGACCUCAUUGAGUGCUUUGCACUCAUGCAGAUUUGGAAAUCGAACAAGGCAUGAGGUGAUGUACAUCGUUCUUAUCAAUGGACCGCAUGAUGGAUGUUGAAACGUGGUCUACUGCCGGUAUUGGGUUCUAUAGUAAUCAGUGAGUAUGUGCAGAUGAUUUAAACCAGCAAAGAGUGAGGACUGCCAUCUUAUCAUCUGUUGAAAAUCGAUGGUUUGGUAGGACAAUCUUUUGGUUGUAUUGUAAUAUCAGAAGAACUAGUAGAAUUGUGUAUAUGAUUGUGAAAAAACCGCGUGGUGAUCCGGAUAAAACGAAACACCAUAAAUUGAACCAAUAACAGAAAUCACAAUGAUCGGAAUUAAGUACCUUAGUGAGGUUCACCUUAGGGGAUUUGAAAAGUACAAGUACAACAGCGUCGAUACCAGCAUACUCAGCGUUUAUGUGAUGCAUCCAUUCUGGAACUGGCUCGUGCAAUAUUGUCCCCGAUGGAUUGCACCUAAUCUGCUCACUUUCACCGGAUUCCUACUGACGGUAGUGAAUUUCUUCAUUAUAGGAUACUAUGACUUCGGAUUUACAGCGGCUUUCACACGACCCAAUCCCAUUCCUGAUUGGGUCUGGAUAGUAGCAGCGAUUAACUUAUUUGUAGCAUAUACUUUAGACGGCAUUGACGGAAAACAAGCACGACGGACAGGAACCAGUGGUCCGUUGGGUGAAUUAUUCGAUCAUGGGUUGGAUUCAUAUUCAACACUGCUCGUUCCUUUGUACAUGUUUAGUUUAUUUGGAAUAAAUGAUUUACCACCCAUUAGAAUGCAUUUCGUGAUGCUGAACGCGUAUCUUAACUUUUAUCUUUCCCAUGCCGAAAAGUACGUUACGGGUGUGAUGUUCCUGCCAUGGGGAUACGAUUUUGUCAUGUGGGGAGUAUCUCUCACGCUCGCCAUCACAGGUAUAUGUGGACCGCAAAUUUGGCAACUCACUGUGUUCGGAGUGAAACCAUGUUUCAUCUUCGAGAUGACUCUGUACAUUUCGGGCAUGAUAACUAGUCAUCCAAUUAUUGUUUACAACAUAUAUAAAUCCUACCGCGACAAAACCGGUAAAAUGCGUCCAUUUGGAGAAGCGAUUCGACCAAUGAUUGCUCUGCUUGCCCUUUUCGUAAUCAGCUCAAUUUGGGCACUAUUUUCUCGUAACAGUAUUGUUAACCUGGAGCCUAGAAUGUUUUUCAUUCUCAGCGGAACGAUAUUCUCAAAUAUCAACUGUCGGUUAAUCGUAGCUCAAAUGUCCGAUACUAAGUCGGAUCGGUGGAAUGCUAUGCUGAGUCUGCUGAUGGGAGCAACGAUAGUUUGCAUAAUUCCCUACCGGGUCCUCGGAAAAUUUGAUCUCUUGGUCGAAUACGAGCGAAAUAUUUUAUACGCUUUAGCUCUGGUAGUAACUAUAGCUCAUCUACAUUACGGCCAGAGUGUUGUAAGAGAAAUGUGUACUCACUUCCGGAUCAAGUGUUUCAAAGUAAGAUUUCCGUCCCCCAAAAAUCUAGCUAGUACUAAUCAUGAAAAUUCUAACAAUAUCGUUUAUAACGGUUCAUAUGACCGAAUGAAGAGAUCGUAGAACUCAGUAGAAACGCUAACCAAGGUAAUCUAAUAGAUUUGUUGUGUUGUUUAAUACUUUAUCUCUCUCAAAGCUAGUGAAGGUAUAUAAAAUAACCCUUUGACUGAACGUAAUUGAUUAGUUUUUAACAACGGAUACUAACCGACUCGAAACCAUGAAGGCAUUUCCAUCACUUACGCACCGUAGUAGUCUAGAUUUGUUGAUUUGAGUAAAUGUUCACAAUAACAAAAUUUGUUUUGUCUUCACUGUCGCGAUAAUCCACAUAUUUGCGAUUCAACAAUAACUCACCACUACCAUCUAGAUUGCAGCAUACGGAAAAUCAUCGGCAUUACUCGAGUACUAAACCGACAUCGCAAAGAAAACAGGUAUUUCACUGAUGUUAGUUCAAAACGAUACCAGAUGUUUUAGUCAUCCAAACUUUACAAUAAAAGCUAGCUGUUCUUCACGGUAACAAAAUUGUUUGUAUAUAGUUUUGAAAAGUGCAUGCCAUUGGGACUGUUUGAGUAGACAUCGAGAAACCUAUUUAUUAGACAGUAAUCACUAGCACAGUCGGGAGUGCAUUUUGAAUUGUUUUUCGAUGAUGUAAUCGAAUGGAAGAAAACGAUGCACAGAAGCUAAUGUUGACUAAUUUUAUGUUCAGAUAAUAAAACCGGUGCCUGUACUAAAUGGAAACAAUAGCAACGAUGGAAUGGUGGAGAUUGUUCUGUAACGAAGCCACAUGGUGCCUCAACCAGCGACACAAGAUUAAACACGUUGCAUUAGAAAACUUAAACCUGUAAAUAAAGAUUCUAGACUAUAACGCAA